GCCAUAAUCAUCUCUCUCUCUAUAAAAUGAAACCAUCUCUCUCUAGCGCUCUCUCCCUUUGUUUGGCACCGACCAGCUAAGAGCUUCUGCGUUCCCGGUAAUGGCUGAGGAUGCAUUCCCAAGGUGUUGAUGUAGUUUUGCUGGUUGAGGUUAGAGUUAUGGAAUAUUUUUUGGACUAAGGUGCCUUCUACUCUUUUGGAGAUGGAGAGAAGUUUUAUGAUAGCCUCCACAUCUGAUAUUUCAUGUCCUUGGACAAGGAGCAUUUCAUUUCUGAAAGAUAACCAAUUCAAAUCAAAAAGUAGGUUUAGGCUUCAAUGUAUAAAAAAGCAAGACCGUGGUAAUGUAUGGCAUGCGGAUGGAGUGCUAAAGGUUCCCAGUCCUCUGAUGCUUGGGCAUCUUGGAGAAGCUUAUUUUGGAGAGACUCACUUUGGCAAAGAGACGGUUUUAGCUCGCAAACUCGUGAGGACCUUGUUGAUUGACAAUUACGAUAGUUACACAUACAACAUAUACCAGUAUUUGGCUGUUAUAAAUGGGGUUCCUCCCGUGGUGGUGCGCAAUGAUGAGUGGACAUGGGAGUACAUUUGGCAAUGCUUAUAUCAAGAAAGGGCUUUUGAUAAUAUUGUUAUAUCACCUGGCCCAGGUUCUCCUACAUGUAUGACAGACAUAGGAGUUUGCUUGAAGAUCCUGCUCGAAUGCAAAGAUAUUCCAAUCUUGGGUGUUUGUCUAGGCCAUCAGGCUUUGGGAUAUGCUCAUGGUGCUCAUAUAGUGCAUGCGCCUGAACCAGUUCAUGGUCGUUUGAGUGAAAUUGAACAUUCAGGUUGCAAUUUAUUCGAUGGCAUUCCCUCUGGCCAAAAUUCAGGGUUCAAGGUUGUACGCUAUCAUUCAUUAGUGUUAGAUCUGGAUUCUCUUCCUAUGGAACUUAUUCCUAUAGCAUGGACAUCUACUGGUACUCAUCCUUUUCUAGAGAGUGAGAAAUCUGAUCCACUAGGCAUAUCUGAGAGUAAGAAAGGAGAUCCGCCAUCUAUUAGCCCAGAAAAUAACGGAAGACAUCAGUAUUUUAAGGUCUCAGAAAAGGUGCAAGGAAAAAAAGUCCUCAUGGGUGUGAUGCACUCCACCAGACCUCACUAUGGGGUGCAGUUUCAUCCAGAGAGCGUUGCCACUUCUUAUGGGAAGAAACUAUUGGAGAACUUUCGGAAUAUCACCAUUGACUAUUGGCUAAACCCAAGCAGGAAACAUCAAAGAAAGGUGUUCCCCACAUGUCAUCCACAAGAAGCUUUCCCAAGCCAAAAGCUGCCAAUUAAAAUAAACUCAGUGGUAAACCAUUUCAGCAGUUGCACCCUGCUGGAGGGUUCCCAUAAUACGACAGCUUGCAGAUCUUUGAAGUUGCAUUGGAGAAAGCUAAAGGAUUUGGCAUCUCUAGCUGGUGGCUCAAGAAAUAUUUUUUGUGAACUGUUUGGGGAUCAGAAAGCUGAGGACACUUUUUGGUUAGACAGCUCUGAAACAGACCAGGGAAGGUCACGCUUUUCAUUUAUGGGUGGUAAGGGUGGAUCACUUUGGAAGAGAAUUGCUUUUCGGCUCUCAGACCAAAGUGCUCAAGGUGGUGGAUCCAUGUUGAUUGAUGAUGGUCAAGGUUCUGUUCGAAGCAUGUCUCUAAAAGAUGGUUUCCUUAAUUUUUUGGACCAGGAACUUCAAUCUUUGCUCUGUGAGAAAGAUGAUUACAGAGGACUGCCUUUUGAUUUUUGUGGAGGUUAUGUAGGUUUUAUUGGGUAUGACAUGAAGGUUGAAUGUGGUACGGCAUAUAACCAUCACAAGUCCAAAAUUCCAGAUGCAUGUUUCUUCUUUGCUGAUCAGCUUGUUGUGAUUGAUCAUAGUAACAAUGAUGUCUACAUUCUCUCUCUACAAAAUAAUCAUCCUGCAGAGUAUAGUAAUGGUGGGUUGCCUAAAAGUCACUUCCCAAGCACAUGGUUGAAUCAAACCGAGUUGAAGCUAUUAAGCUUGAAAUCAAGAGCUACUAAAACGCAUAUGAGAGAGCAAAAUCGUGUUAUUCCACAUGCUGCUUCUAAGGAUGCUUUUGUCAUUGAGAAAUCCAGAAAGCAGUACAUAAACGAUGUUGAGAAAUGUCUAAAUUAUAUCAAUGAUGGUGAGAGCUACGAACUGUGUUUGACAACUCGGAUGCGAAAGAAAAUUGAGAAUAUGGAUCCCCUUGGACUCUACCUUAAUUUAAGGGAACGCAAUCCUGCACCAUACGCUGCUUGGCUUCAUUUUGCCAAUGAGGACAUUUGUAUCUGCUGCUCAUCUCCUGAAAGAUUCUUGCGUUUGGACCAGAAUGGCCUAUUGGAAGCAAAACCAAUUAAGGGCACCAUUGCUCGUGGUGCAACACCAGAAGAAGAUCGGCGGCUUCUAUUGCAACUUCAGUAUAGUGAGAAGGACCAAGCUGAAAAUCUAAUGAUUGUAGACCUCUUAAGGAAUGAUCUAGGCCGUGUUUGUGAUCCUGGUUCUGUUCAUGUACCUAGUCUAAUGAAGAUGGAGUCGUAUGCAGCUGUUCAUACUCUGGUGAGCACGAUUAGGGGUAAAAAAAGAGAGAAUCUGACUCCCAUUGAGUGUGUUAAAGCCGCUUUUCCUGGAGGUUCCAUGACAGGUGCUCCAAAACUUCGUUCAAUGGAGAUUCUUGAUUCAGUAGAGGAAAGUUCAAGGGGGAUAUACUCGGGGACAAUUGGGUUCUUUUCUUGCAAUCAGACUUUUGAUCUGAACAUUGUGAUCAGAACACUUGUCAUCCAUGGGAACGAGAUUUCGCUAGGAGCUGGUGGUGCUAUAGUAGCCUUGUCAAAUCCAGAAGAUGAGUACAAUGAGAUGAUCUUGAAAGCAAAAGCCCCUACAGCUACUGUAAUUGAGUGCCAGGAAAAUUCCAAUCCUUGCUCCAGCAUUUCUAAGAAGGAUAUGUGAUUGUAAUAUCAUUGCUGUAGGAUGUGGUAGAACUUUCGAGAGCUCAAGCCACAUGCAAUGUUCAUCUGCAGCAGAUAACUUCAGGUCAUAGUAAUGAUGAUGCUUUAUUUUCUUGGUGCAUUAACAUGGUUGUUAUGGGAUUGAUAGAGAGAUGCAAGCUUUCUUGUGAGAUAUUCUUGCAGAAUAGCAACUUCAUGAGCUGGUGGAAGGAUUUUGGAAGUGGGUUACAUGAAAAAACAGGACUACAAAAAGUACAUUUGAAGAAUGCAUGCAUGUAAAACGAUAACAUGGGUUAUCCAUAUAUAAGAGAGACUUUUGUAACUC